GCGGAAACGAGUGGCAGGGAGGAGGGUUGUGUUUGUGUAGGUAAACAAUGCAGUUGUCUCUUGGUUAAACGUGAGUUUUUUGUUAUUUUCAUAUAACUAGUGACACACAUCAGCAGUUUUGCCGUGAGCUUUCGCAAAUGAAGACUUUAAUUGUUGGAGUUGGUGGGGUGACCAAUGGAGGAAAAUCUACCCUCUCCCAAUUUCUUCACCAGAAAAUACACAACAGCUGCAUCAUUGCUCAGGAUGCGUAUUUUAAAGAUGACUGUUUGAUACCAGUGGACAGUAAAGGCUUGAAGCAAUAUGACACGCUUGAUGCUCUUCACAUGGAGAAGAUGAUGAAGGAGGUUUGCUCCUGGAGAAAAGACCCUCAUGAGUUCCUGAAGCGGCGAGGCCUGACAGCCAAAGGUCCAUCCACUGAUGACGAACUUUACGUUCUGAUAGUGGAAGGUUUCCUCAUUUUCAAUCACAGGCCUUUAAAUGAGAUGUUUGACAUGAGAUAUUUUUUGGAAAUACCUUACGACGUCUGUAAGAAGAGGCGGAGUACGAGGGUGUAUGCGCCUCCAGACCCUCCAAACUACUUCGAUGAAUACGUGUGGCCGAUGUACCUUCAAAACCGCAAGGAGAUGGAGAAAAUCACUUCAAAAAUUGUUUUUCUGGAUGGUCUGAAGCCGAAGAACGAGGUUUUAGAUGCUGUUAAUGAAGACAUUCGUCAAGAAAUAGCCAGACUCCAGGGACAAAGCUGAUGUGAUCGACAUCUAUCUGGAUGCCAGACAGUGUCUUCUAAUGGUCUGCUGUGUGACUGAAAGGACCAACCAUUUUAUUGGUGCUGUUUGAAAGACUCUUGUGUCUUUUGGUUGCUGUUGACUUUGAUCUCCUUUAAAUGGGCUUGUUUCAACACUUUAAGCUUCAUCCCACUGACUUAAGGUUUUCCCACCUUAGAAUUUCAUUGUAAAACAAAAAGUGAUGUUCACUUAAAAUGUUACUGCUUUCAGUAAGGUGGAUUAUAAUUUCUUAAAAAAAGUAAAUAAAUAAAAAAAACUUUUAAAAAGGUCUUUGAAUAAUCAUUCAAAGAUUAUUCAGGUAAUCUUUGAAUGAUCAAAGAUUAUUCUUCUGUUGCCUGAAGCUGAAAUUUUCACCAUCAGUUAGUGGAUUUUACAAAAACAUUAACUUUGUUUCACACUGGAACCUUGUUUUUUUACUGACAUGAUCCAAAAAAGGUCAACAUAUGUCAAGAAAUAGUAUUGCAGCUCUACAAUAUCAGUUGUAAACAUUUUAUCUUGUUAUCAUCCGUGACAUUUGUUUAAUGUUUCACGAUCGAAUCAAUAAAAUUCUCCACUGUUGAAUUUAUGAGCCUGUAAGUCAUAAAAGGUUCACCCAGAUUACAUUCCUUCGGAUGUUUUUGAAAGCAAAAUAAAUGUAAAAUGUCUCCUCUGACCUCUUCAAAGGUCUUUACUAAAUCUGAUCUGAUGUCAGAAAAAAGUUGCAGUUGCAGUGGAAACCAAAAUGCUGUAACUAUGACCCUGAUAAAUCAGUCAACUUUAUGCAGUGAAUGUACUCGUCCCUCCCAGACUGUUAGUGGAUUGCUUCUCUUAGAACCCAAAUAAAACAAAAAUGUUGACCAAAUUCUAACAAGUACUCUUUUUGAUAUAAUUAAAUUCAAGUUUUUAAUUAUUUAGUGGUUCAUAUUGUCCAGCAUAUUUGUUUGAUUAUUUUAGAUCAGUUUAAUUCAUGUUUUUGUUCCGUUGUCAAUACUUGUGUUUGAAAAAUAAAUUAAUGUCUAC